CGAAAAACAUUCAGCUUUUCGUCGUACAAAAAUUUAGAAUAUUUAAAGGGAGUGAUUGAGAGAGCUUUUUUCUGUCUCUUCCAUUCACUUUCUUUCUCUUCUCUCUUCUCCCUCCUCUCAAAAACACACACAGUAAAAAAACAGAGCACGCAGUAAAAAAAAAGAAAAAAGAACUCCAAUAAUAUAAUGCGCCUUGUGGAGUUGCAGCUGCACAUAUAAUAGAUGACAGAUUUACUGAGUCUGUGUGUGAAACAUAUCGUCAUCCGGCCAAAGAAGAAGAAGAAGAAGAUGGUGGCGGCGGCGGAGGUGGAGGAGGAGAGCAACCGGCGGCGGGGGCUUCAGGGGUGGAGCAAGGACACCUCCGCCCACUGGCUGCUGAGCAAUAUCGAGGAGGAGGAGGAGGUCGGGGAUGACGACGAGGAGAAGGGGCGGCGUUUGGAUGGCGGCGGCGGUUGUGCGGUUCCUCAGCCGCCGACUCCGAAAGAGCCGAUGGAUUUCUUGUCCAGAUCUUGGAGCCUAUCCGCUUCCGAGAUCUCGAAAGCUCUAGCUCUCAAGCACAAGCUUGGGGCUUUUGACCAGAAACCCCUUGUCAUUCUUGAGACUGAGGCAAUCAAGAUCACGAACCAGAGGAGCGGGAAGAGAGCCGCUAUAGGGCGGUGGUUCAAUUCCAGAGAAUGCGGCGCGGUGAAGAAGAAGGACAAAGCCCGCCUCGAGAACGCCCAGAAGCAUGCUCUGCUUUCGGUUGCCGGGCUAGCGGCGGCCGUGGCCGCUGCCGCCGCCACAGAUGCCAAUCCCGACGGCCCAGGCUCGAAGAUGCACGCCGCCCUGGCGUCGGCCACCGAGCUCCUCGCCUCCCACUGCGUAGAGGUCGCUGAAUCUGCCGGGACGGAUCGGGACAGCGUGGCCUCUGUGGUUAGAUCCGCCGUAGACAUUCGCGGCGCCAGUGACCUCACCACUCUCACGGCCGCAGCCGCCACCGCAUUGAGAGGGGUGGCGACAUUGAAGGCGAGAAUGCCGAGAGAAGCAAAGAGGAACGCAACCAUAAGUCCUUGCGACAAGGUGUUAAUGGAAGCGUACCCGCCUUCCGUUAACACAGAAAUGGGAGAGGAUGAUCCUCCCUUUGAAGGCGACUUGCUACAAGUCACCGGAAAAGGAGUGUUGAGGUGGAAACAUGUAUUUGUCUGUGUAGAUGGAGAAUCACAGGUGGUCAUUAAGAUGAAAAGCAAGCAUGUUGGUGGAGCUUUUUCCAAAAGGAAUAAAAGCAUCGUGUACGAAGUGUGCGACGAUGCAAACGAGUUGCCAAUCAAGAAGACGAAGGAGAACGGGGAAAUGUAUUUCGGGGUGCGGACCGCGCAGUCGCUUCUGGUGUUCAAAUGCAAGAACAAAAUCCACAAGCAGAAAUGGGUUGAUGGAAUUCAGAACUUGCUUGAUAGGGCCAUUUCCCUUGAGGAAUCUCAGCAUUCUUUAAGAAUGUUAAGCAUUCAUUAAUGGAAAUGUGCAGAAAACUGCAGUCUAAGUGUGUUGAAAAGUUUUUUUCAAUGAAUAUUAUGGUGAUUUGCUAGUAGAAUAUCUGUAAAUUACUGUCUGUAAAAUGGAUGAUCUCUAUGCCCCACAAUAAUCUUUUACAUUUCUUUUUUCUUCCGUUCUAAAAAACUGUUCCAUUUUUA